GUGUGAAAAGCCCGGACCGUAUUUCUGACGGACAACAACAAGACCUCCCAGCCGGUUGAUAUCCGUGUUGAGAAUUCAAGUCGUUACUUCGUAAAAUCUGGGAUUCAUACCGCUUGUCACUCGAACCUUUGAGGUUGAAGUGUUUCAGUAGACGGAUAAAUGUCUGAUGCAUCAGAACUUCCUAAAAAAGAAGAAGAGGAGGAGGUUACACCUGAACCAGAGGAGCCAUCCGACGACAGCAGUGAGGAGGAGGCUGCAGGAGAGAUGGACUUCCUGAGAAACCUCUUCUCCAGCACCCUGGGCCUCGGCUCAGCAGACAAAGUUCUGGAUGAACUGACUCUGGAAGCAGUGGCUCGCUACAUAAAUAGCGGCAAAUGUAAAAACAUCCUCUGCAUGGUCGGAGCUGGAAUAUCUACAUCGGCUGGGAUCCCUGAUUUCCGCUCUCCAGGAACCGGCCUGUAUGCAAACCUGCAGAAAUAUAACCUUCCCUACCCUGAGGCCAUCUUCCAGAUAGAUUACUUUAAGAAACAUCCAGAACCUUUCUUCGCUUUGGCCAAGGAGCUUUACCCCGGACAGUUUAAGCCGACUAUUUGUCACUACUUCAUUAAGCUACUGAAAGACAAAGGACUCCUCAGACGCUGCUACUCACAAAACAUCGACACUCUGGAGCGAGUGGCCGGACUGGAGGGAGAGGAUCUGAUUGAGGCUCAUGGAACCUUCUACACAUCUCACUGCGUCAGCUUCUGCUGCCGCAAAGAGUACAACCUGGACUGGAUGAAAGAGAAAAUCUUUUCUGAUGACAUUCCUCGAUGUGACAAGUGCAGCAGCUUGGUGAAGCCAGAUAUCGUCUUCUUUGGAGAAAAUCUGCCUGUCCGGUUUUUUACCUCCAUGAAGUCGGACUUCCCUCGCUGUGAUCUCCUCAUCGUCAUGGGGACGUCUCUACAGGUCCAACCCUUUGCAGGUCUAGUCGGCAGGGUUUCAAAAAGCUGCCCCAGACUGCUCAUCAACAUGGAGAAGGCGGGGCAGGCUGAUCCUCUGCUUGGGUUGUUGGGCUUUGGAGGAGGGAUGGACUUUGACUCAGACAAAGCUUACAGAGAUGUAGCUCACAUCAGCACGUGUGAUGAAGGCUGCCUGGCUCUCGCUGACCUGUUAGGAUGGAAGGCCGAGCUGGAAGACCUGGUGAAGCAGGAGCACGCCAGGAUCGACAGUCAGGACAAGAAAGCAAAGUCGAGCGCGGACAGCAAAGGAGCCGCAGCCAAGGGGGGCUCGGCUUCUGUGGCCCCAGCGCCCGAAAAAGAAGAGUAACUCAAAAAGGUCUCUCAGAGAAGCUUCUGUAGUGAUGUCGCGGUUUGGAGUUGGCUCUUAAAGACAGGUCAUGAUACAGGGGUCCUCGUUUGGAAGUAAAGCUGCUUCAGUCAGUUGCUCUUUGUUUCAAUUAGAGGAAGUCUCAGAGGGCGCUGUUUUUCAUGCUCCUGUUUUUAUCAGUUAUUUGCACUUUACUGAAAUAACCAACUUUUUUUAUUGUUUUCAUUUGCUUUAACUAAAUCUGCCUCAGAUGCGUAUUCAUUACUGUGGCAUUUAAUUUAAAGUGGGGAUGGGUAAAAACAAUUACAAUAUUAUCUCCAGAUGUAACUAACACAACAGAUGGGCACAUUAACCGUACAUAGGAUGGACAACGGGUCUUCAUUUCUCCUCUAUGUGCACUGAUAAAUGUGCUGGUGUUGUGGUAGGACGGAUGUGACACUUCCUCUGCUAAACGAAACAUGCAUUUAAAUAAUCGCUAAAACAUCAGACCACAGCAGAAAAAGAUUCUUGAGUUGAUUGAUGCCAAAACUCACAGUUACAGAAAGUUCAGCGACUCUCGUGUCAGUGUUUGUUAAGUUUUCUCUCGUUGUUCUCCUCUACUCAAAUAAUCAAGCUGCAGGAGCCGCAUCAGUCAACAGAGCUGUCAAUCAACCUUCUCGUUCACAUCAGAGAACUAAAUAAAACUAAACUUCUUCCAAUAAACUCACUUAGACAUAAAUCGGCAUGAUAAGAACUAAUUGCUUUGAAAGAAACCAUGUUUGAGAAAUAUUUAUUUGACGUUUGUUAGAAUACAGGAAGGCAGGCUUUAGGAGCCAAUACUGCAACCAGCCACCAGGUGGAGCUCUAAGAAUUAUGGCUUCUUUGGACCAAGUGUUGCUCAAUUCUAUGCACAGCCAAUGCAUGGAGGGAUUUAGGACUCUUACAUUUAGUGGGUGUUUUAUUUCAGUUUGAUGCUUCUGAAAAGAUAACCCUGCUGUUUAUUUAACUUCUCGUCUUUCCUCCCGACCUGUCGGCUUGAUCGGACAGUUAACUCAUAAAAGCAUCAAACCCGUCAAAAAACUGAACUUCCUGAUAGUUGAACUGAUGUUCCUGGAAGUGAGGAUGGCUGGGUGGAAGUUGUUAAAUGUUUUAAAUUACCAGCUUUUUGUUAACGUCAUGGAUUUCACUUCUCUAAUUAUUUCAACUCUGUUUUUUCAGGUGUAAUAUAGCAACAAGCGCCAUUGUGCUCAAAGUAAUAGAACAUUUCUCCAUCCACACUCAGAGCCCGAGUUAAUGUCCCUCGUGAAACUUUAAGGAUGAUGUUCAGCAGAUAAACAAGAUAACUAAACAGAUAAGAAAUACUCAAACACAGUGAGGUGUCAUGAAGAACUAAAGAUGUUUAAACUAUGUGGACUUUCUGAAAAUGCAUGAGUUGUUACAUCAUUAAAAAAAACAUAGUGGGUGGACAUAUUUACAUUACAGGCUGUACAAAUAAUGCAAUAAAAACAACAUUUAUAAAUCUAACUAUGUUCAACUCUGACGUCAUUUUUUCUGACAUCCCUGAUGUUAGCCAUGUAUGGCUCCCAGAGCUGAAUAAAGUCCUUCAGUUUGCCUUUGACAA